UGCAUUCACGCCUCUCUACGCUCUCUGCGUUCAUAUUAAACCUGGAUAUUGUUGAUCGCUGCUAAAGACUCACGGACUGAGGCCCAGACUUGAAAUCCAGCUUCCACUCCUCUGCUUCGCCCUUAUAGCUGCAUCCCUCUACCUCUUCUAUCUUCUAUCACUUCUCUCUGUUCCCACCGGACUCGGUCUCGCUCUCUCUUUUUUCUCUCCACCCCCACCCCCUUCCCGACCCUCAGCCUCCCUGAUGCCUAAGAACAGCAAGGUGACGCAGCGCGAGCAGAGCAAUGAGCACGUCACAGAGUCGGUGGCUGACCUGCUCGCACACGAGGAGCCAAUCGACUACAAGAGCAGCUCCCUGAACGUCGGAGGGGCCGCCGGGAAAAAGGUCCCACAGAUAGAAGUGCCCGAAAACGAUGGACGCCCCGCCUGGAACAGCAAACUUCAGUACAUCCUGGCCCAGGUGGGCUUCUCUGUGGGCCUCGGGAACGUGUGGCGCUUCCCUUACCUGUGCCAGAAGAACGGAGGAGGUGCCUAUUUGGUUCCUUACUUCAUCCUCCUCCUCAUCAUCGGCAUCCCGCUCUUCUUCAUGGAGCUGGCUGUGGGUCAGAAGAUCCGACGUGGGAGCAUCGGGGUCUGGAACUAUGUCUGUCCCAGUCUGGGUGGGAUAGGAAUGUCCAGUCUGAUGGUGUGUGGCUUUGUGGGUCUCUACUAUAAUGUGAUCAUCGGGUGGAGCAUCUUCUAUUUCUUCCAGUCCUUCCAGUAUCCUCUUCCAUGGAGCGAAUGUCCAAUCAGAAGGAAUGGGACACUUGCCAUUGUGGAGCCGGAGUGUGAGAAAAGCUCGGCCACCACCUACUUCUGGUACCGUCAGACUCUGAACACCACCAGCACCAUCGCAGAGAGCGGCGGCCUCAACGUGAAAAUGACCCUGUCGCUGCUGGUGGCCUGGAUCAUCGUCUGCCUCGCCGUCAUCAGAGGGAUCGCCUCCUCUGGGAAGGUGAUGUACUUCAGCUCUCUGUUCCCCUACGUGGUGCUGUUCUGUUUCCUGGUCAGAGGUUUAAUGCUGAAGGGAUCAGUGGAUGGCAUCUAUCACAUGUUCACUCCCAAGUUGGAGAAGAUGCUGGAGCCCCAGGUGUGGAGGGAGGCAGCCACCCAGGUGUUCUUCGCCCUGGGUCUGGGGUUUGGAGGAGUCAUAGCCUUCUCCAGUUAUAAUAAGAUCGACAACAACUGUCAUUUUGAUGCCGUGCUUGUCUCCGUCAUCAACUUCCUCACGUCCAUUCUGGCCACGCUGGUGGUGUUCGCCGUGCUGGGCUUCAAGGCCAACCUCAUGAAUGAAAAGUGUGUCGUAGAAAAUGCAGAGAAAAUCCUGGGAUACCUCAACUCAAACGUCCUGAGCCACGACCUCAUCCCUCCACAUGUAAACUUCUCCCACCUCAGCACAACAGACUACGCCGAGAUGUACGGCGUCAUCAAGACGGUGAAAGAGGACAGCUUCGCCCAGCUGGGGCUGGACCCCUGUGUGCUGGAGGACGAGCUCAACAAGUCUGUGCAGGGCACUGGCCUGGCCUUCAUCGCCUUCACAGAAGCCAUGACCCAUUUCCCAGCGUCUCCAUUCUGGUCGGUCAUGUUCUUCUUCAUGCUCAUCAACCUCGGUCUGGGCAGCAUGAUCGGCACCAUGACUGGCAUCACCACACCUGUACUCGACACCUACAAGGUCCAGAAGGAGCUCUUCACAGUGUGUUGCUGCAUUGUGGCGUUCUUCUGUGGCCUGCUGUUCGUUCAACGCUCAGGGAAUUACUUUGUCACAAUGUUUGACGAUUACUCUGCCGGACUGCCUCUCACAAUAGUGGUGAUCCUGGAGAAUGUGUCUGUCACUUGGAUUUAUGGCACGAAAAGGUUCAUGCAGGAUCUGGAGGACAUGUUGGGUUUCCGACCAUCUAUAAUCUAUUUCUACCUGUGGAAGUACGUCUCCCCUCUGUGUCUCAUAGUGCUCAUCUCAGCCACGGUCAUAGAGAUGGCCAUCAGCCCGCCGGGAUACAACGCCUGGGUGGAGGAGCUGGCUCAGGAACGCUUCCAGAGCUACCCUCCCUGGGCUUUGGCCAUGUGCUUUUCUCUCAUCAUCGUGGCGAUGCUUCCUCUCCCGGUUGUCUACAUCGCCCGCCGCUUCAACCUGAUAUCAGACGGCUCCAACAAGCUCUCUGUCUCCUACCGUAAAACCAUGAUGAAGGACAUAUCCAACUUAGAGGAGCAAGAUGAGGCCAGGUUCAUCCUCGGCGCCAAGCCCGGUGAUGCGCCAACAUCAACGCCGAGGCCCUAUCUGACUCCAGCAGGAAACAAAUCCCUGGACCCCAACUCCCUGUCUCCGAAAAGCUGCUACGGUACAGGCUACCAGAACGCUGCCAUCAGCCCCACCACGCCCACAACACCGACCAAACCCAUCACACCAGAGUCUGACUCUUGACUGCUGUCCAAACCCCCUGACACCCAGUCCUGUAGCACUCUUUACCUUCAGCCAUAAAGUCUCCACUGGGGGUCGCUGCAGCGCUGAGAAUCCCCACCACUGCCCUGCUAACACCACCAAACUGUAUGUAACCACCCACUUCAUCUGAACACACACUUCCCAAAACGACACCAAGGAACAUCCUGCAGCAGCAGGAGGGGAAAAAAAGAUGAAAUUCACUCUUCACAGUAGAUCAAACACUGAAAUCAGGGUGAGAUUGAUGGUGACACACUGUACAUCUGUAUCUAUUCUGUAUAUAACAACACCAGGUUUAUGUGCCCCAGAUGAAGUUCUGUGAUCAGCUUUUCUUUGCCUUAGUAUAAGGAUCCUCAGCAGACCCCCCCCCCUCCCCACACACACAUACACACACACACAGUUUAAUGCACGUCCCAAUCUGCACUGUGCAGGGGGGAUCUGAAAGAAUGAAGUGGAGCCGGUGUGGUGGUGUGAGCCAAGAUGUAUGUGAAUUUAAUUAUUUUAAGGUUUAAAGCUGCGAUACUCAACUUACUUUGCUUGAGGCCAGUUAGUAAACAAACUAAAAUGAAAAAACAAAAAGCCCAUAAGUGAUCAUAACAUAUCUUUGUUUUUAAAUGAGUAAAAAUGUAUAUUGUUCAUUUAUCUCCAGUAAACAGUUAUCAGCAUUAUAAGCUGAUUGUGUCAUUAAAUAGUCAAAUCAGAAAUCAAAACAGUAUUACCCCAUACUUUAUU